AAGGCAUCUCCUUGUUAAAUCACGAAAGCUUUGUUUCACGAUUAAGUCUGCUGGGAGGAAAAUCUCAGAGACCAAGGUGAAGGAAUAAUACUGUGAAUUCAAUCUACUGUUCUGAUUGGGAAGUAGAAAGGAGAUCUGGCGCCAUUCCAUAUGAAGAUCGAACCUGGGAAGGGUGAAUCAACAGAUUCGAAUCAGAUUCGCAAUUGGUACAUCAAGGCGGAAAUUCCUUCUGGUUAUGGUUAUCAGCAACAGUUUGUACCUGGAAUGAUGCGAGGAGGCGCACAGCUGCAGAAUUUUAUUGUUCGACAAGGCCAGCGUCGAGGUGCAAGAAGACCACCAUUGCAACAGUGGCACCAUCUUCAACCACAGUUUCAGCAACAGAUGAUACGUAGAGGGAGUCGUAAGAUGCGAUACCCACCAGUGAUUGUCUCUUACAUGGGGGGUGUUCCAGUAAUUUCACAACGCUUGCCUAUUGGAACAUUGUCUUCAGCUCUUGCACAUGCAAGCCCUGAGCAAAAACGAACGAUGCUUGGAAAUUGCUUAUAUCCAUUGGUGGAACAAUUAGAACAUGAACAUGCACCUAAAGUCACUGGUAUGCUUUUGGAAACGGAUCAGACUGAGGUGUUACACUUGCUUGAAUCUCCAGAGGCUUUGAAAUCUAAGGUUGCAGAAGCUAUGGAGGUCUUGCGCAAUUAUAUGCAGAUGCUUGGAGAAAGCUUAUAUUCAUUAGUGGAACAAUUAGUACCUGAUCAUGUGGUUAAAGUCACUGGUAUGCUUUUGGAAAUAUAUCAGACUGAGGUGUUACACUUUCUUGAAUCUCCAGAGGCCUUGAAAUGUAAGGUUGCAGAAGCUAUGGAUGUCUUGCGCCAUUGUUCUCAGAUGCUUGGAGAAAUCUUAUAUCCGUUAGUGGAUCAAUUAGAACAUGAUCAUGCACCUAAAGUCACUGGUAUGCUUUUGGAAAUGGAUCACACUGAGGUGUUACACUUGCUUGAAUCUCCACAGGCCUUGAAAUCUAAGGUUGCAGAAGCUAUGGAGGUCUUGCGCAAUGUGUCUCAACAACCCACUGGGCCACUGAGGAGCUUUCAGCGUUAUCCUUGAAUGACAUCAUUUGUGUGGAAGUUUUUUUUCAUCUGCCAGUUCUAACACUUAGAGCUUGCAAUUUAAGUAUUUUUGAGGGUCACAGGUGGAGGGUUUUUAACAUCAUUUUUUUUAGCAUUGCUGUAGUGGAAAUGCUUGAUAUGUUUAAAUUUCAUUACACAGAAGCCUCGGGCGCAUUUCAUCGAAUCUUACACAUUGAUAAA